GAAUUGGCUCGAGGCAUUGGCCUGGCCCAAGGAUCUGCCUAGCCCUGGAGUUCUGACUGGCUGCACUCCAGUGUGUGUCCCCCACAGCAUCAUGCUGCAGCAGAUCCUGCAAGACAUGUACAUCGACCCAGAGCUUCUGGCUGAGCUCAGUGAUGUGCAGAAGCACAUUCUCUUCUAUAAGAUGCGAGAGGAGCAGCUUCGGCGUUGGAGGGAACGGGAAGCAUGGGAUACCUUGGCUCAGGCAGAGGGCCUUAGGCCGGCAAAGGUCAAGAGAGCAAGCAACAAGCAUAUCCAGUGGCUGCUGGGAGCAGAUGGUGAGGUCUGGGUGUGGGUCAUGGGUGAAGGCCCUGGAGACAAGCCCUAUGAAGAGAUAUCUGAGGAACUGAUUGCUGAGAGGGCACGGCUGCAAGCACAGAAAGAGGCUGAAGAGCUCUGGAGACAGAAGGAGGCAGAGAUCACCAAGAAGUUUCGGGAUGCCUUGGCCAAUGAGAAAGCCCGGAUUCUGGCGGAGAAGUGGAAAGUGGAGAUGGAGGACCGCAAGGCGGCUAAAGUCCUGGAGGAACGUAUCCACGAGGAAUUCAAGAGGAAAGAGGAAGAGGAGAGGAGGCGAGGGGAAGAACAGAUUCGACUCCAAGAGGAGCAGAGGGCAAAGGAACUUUACUGGACCCUGAAGCAGGCCCAGCUGCACUGCCAAGCCAGUGAGAACGAGGAGCGUGAAUGGGAAGAACAGCUGCGUAGAUCCAAGGCGGCUGAUGAGGAGAGGAGCCGUCGUGCUCAGCGAGCCCGGGAUGAGUACCGGCGCCACUCACUCCGAGCCAUCCAGAAGGGCACUGUUGCUGGCCUGAGCACCAUGUUCCAAGAACUUGGCCAGAACCAUGAGCAGGAGGCAAGACUCUAUCACCAGCUUCCUGGCACCGGUUCACCAUCACCACUCGCAGGACCUGACAGGACCUGGGAGCGACCUCUGCGUCCACUCUCCAGAGAAGUCAUCGUGCGCUGGUUCAAGGAGGAACAGCUGCCUCGCCGAGCUGGCUUUGAGAGAAACACCAUGUCCAUUGCCCCCUGGUUUCAUGGGAUUAUUAGCCGAGAGAAUGCAGAAGACCUCCUGGAGAAUAUGACUGAGGGAGCAUUUCUGGUUCGUGUCAGUGAGAAGAUCUGGGGUUAUACCCUGUCCUACCGCCUGCAGAGAGGCUUUAAACAUUUCCUUGUGGAUGCCUCUGGGGACUUCUACAGCUUUCUGGGAGUGGAUCCUAAUCGCCAUGCCACUCUAACAGAUCUCAUUGAUUUUCACAAGGAGGAAAUCAUCACCGUUUCAGGGGGAGAGUUGCUACAGGAACCCUGUGGACAGAGGGAUAGCCCACCAGACUAUCACCUGCUGUUUGAAUGAUUUUUUUUUCCUUCUUUUGGACUCC